GCCUGCUGGAUGACCUUGGGAGUGAAACAUUUCUCAGUUGAAGAAGCUGAAAAGAAGAGCCAACAUUUAAGGAAAAAACAUGGGGACCCCUGGUUCCGGGAGGAAACGAACGCCAGUCAAAGACCGGUUCUCUGCAGAAGAUGAAGCCUUGAGUCAUAUUGCCAGAGAGGCAGAAGCAAGACUGGCAGCCAAAAGGGCCGCCAGGGCAGAAGCAAGAGAUAUACGCAUGAGGGAACUGGAACGACAACAAAAAGAGCACACUCAUCACUUCUAUGAUAGGAAGUGGGGACAUAUCCGGAAAUGGAUGGAAGAUUCGGAAAGGGCCAGGCAUUCUGAUCGGUCCAGCUACCGCCCUUAUCUGGGAGUCGAAGAUUCCACGUCCAUUCGCGGUACUGGCAUCCGCAGGAAUUCAUCUCUGGAUAGUCCUGGGAUCCACAGGAGCAGAGCGAGUUCUUCGAGGAAGAAAGACUUAGUGUUUGAUGGUCAGAAGGAUAGAUCUACGAGGCAUUCAUCUUCCAAUUAUGCUUACAGUGACUCUUAUGGUGUGAAGAAGAAAUUGUCGAGUUCCCAUAAAGAUCCAUUGAGUGGCCUCUACUAUGAUCAAAGGAACUAUAGCAGCCUCAGACAUAGCAAACCAUCCGCCUACUAUACUCGGGCUUCUUCCCUAUAUAGCGACCCUCUGGGGACAUCCAAAACUUACAGGGCAUCACUGUAUGAUGGCGGAUUAUAUAACCUUUAUAGUUCUCGCACCCCGUCCGAAUACAGUUAUCACUCCUCGAGAGCGAGCUCGGCCCGAAGCAGUCCGGUGUUUCCAGAUGAUGACGCUAGGAGCACCGUGUCUUCUGACCGUACCAGUCAAGGGCGAAGGGAUAGUGUGGUUUCUGCCGCUGAUUAUUUUAGUCGUUCCAAUCGCAGGGGGAGUGUGGUCUCCGACGUGGACAAUGUCAGCAUCCCAGAUUCGAAUAGCUUGGAUGAGAAGUGUGAUAAGCAGUAUGCUGAAACUUACACAAGGCCGGCCUCCCGCAAUUCUGUCUCGGCAGCAGCAACGCCUCUGAGUGGCAACUCGUCCAGGCGAGGAAGCGGAGACACGGGCAGUCUGAUCGAUCCCGACACCUCAUUAAGCGAACUGCGGGAUAUCUAUGAUCUUAAGGACCAGAUACAAGACGUAGAAGGGAGAUACAUGCAGGGGCUUAAAGAACUAAAGGAGUCGCUCUCCGAAGUGGAAGAGAAAUAUAAGAAAGCCAUGGUGUCCAAUGCCCAGUUAGACAAUGAGAAGAACAACCUGAUCUACCAAGUGGAUACCCUGAAAGAUGUCAUCGAAGAGCAAGAGGAGCAGAUGGCAGAAUUCUACCGCGAGAACGAGGAGAGAUCCAAGGAGCUGGAACGACAGAAACACAUGUGCAGUGUCCUUCAGCACAAGAUGGAUGAACUGAAAGAGGGUCUUCAGCAAAGGGAUGAACUCAUAGAGGAGAAUCAACGCAUGCAACUGAAAAUAGACACCAUAACCAAAGAGGUGUUUGGCCUCCAGGAGACAGUUAAUUGGAAAGAUAAAAAAAUCGGGGCCCUAGAGAGGCAGAGAGAGUACUGGGACUGCCUUAGGAAGGAGCGCGAUGAGCUCAGAGAGGAGGUGGCCGGCCUGAAGCGGACGAUGGAGACGGACCAGAAACACGGGUUAGCGAUCGUCCCCGACGGCACGCCCAACGGGGACGUCAACCCCGAGCCCGGCGUCGGGGCCGUCGCGGUGCCGUCUCAGGAAGCGGCGCACGUGUUGGAGGCGGCGGGGGAUGGGCCGCUCGAUGUAAGGCUACGGAAACUCGCCGGAGAAAAGGAGGAGCUGCUGUGCCAGAUAAAAAAACUGAAGCUGCAGCUGGAAGAGGAGCGACAGAAGUACGCGAAGAACGACGACGGCUCGGCCGGCAUCUUAGGGGGGCUGGAGAACGGGUCGGACCUGCAGUUCAUUGAAAUGCAAAGAGAUGCCAACCGACAAAUUAGCGAAUACAAGUUCAAGCUCUCUAAAGCGGAACAGGAAAUAACUACCAUGGAGCAAAAUAUCGGCAGGCUCGAAGGCCAGGUGACCCGAUACAAAACCGCGGCGGAGAACGCAGAGAAGGUGGAGGACGAACUCAAAGCCGAAAAGAGAAAACUUCAGCGGGAGCUGCGGACGGCCCUGGACAAGAUGGAGGAGAUGGAGAUGACCAACAGCCAUCUAGUCAAACGCUUGGAGAAGAUGAAGGCCAACCGCACGGCCCUGCUGGCUCAGCAGUAGGGCGCGGUGGGGAGAGGGGAAGGGGGCGGGCGAGAACCGCGCCCGGCUCCCAAGCCUCUUUUUAAUCCGGACUCUCCCCGCGGCCCCCGUUCCGUUGGAGGGCCGAGCCUCUCGGUACCAGGGCGGGGAGCCUCCUUUUUAUAAUUUAUGAGCGAAUGAAUUUCGGUGAACGCGA